GUUUGCACAAGCUGAACAAAACAAAACAAAACAAAACAUUCCCACUGUGUUCUGCCCAUCAUGACUAGCAAAACCAAAACAUUUCUUCUCUUCUUCACCACCAAAUCGGAUCGGGUUCAUCUUGGACCCGGAUUAUCAGCUGCAGCCUUGGCUAAUCCAUGUGAAAGAUGCACCCCAAGACCCCAAAACUACGUGCACUUGCAUGCUCAUGCUCUGUACUGUACCUAUGCUCGACUCCGUCCUGUCGGGUCCGAAUCAGCCGACUCUGUUGCACCAUCGAAACCCUCAAGCAUACUUUUUAUCGGUCCUGGGCUGUCAGCUUAUGCGAUUCGUCCACGGCUCGUCACUGAUGUAUUUGCAACCUUGAUAGGUGAUCAAUUAUCAUGCUGACAUGACAAGCAAGCUCAUUUCUUUCUGUCACUCACUACCUCUGUCUUGAUCACAAAACAUCACACCACCUUGUUCCCCCGAGCUUAAAGUCACAAAUUUACUAUAGUCCGGCAUUAGUGCUAUCGUUAUCACCUUACCGUACUUUAUCUGCCUGUCUGUCUCGGUCUUGGUUGCUAUUGCAACCUCCGAUCCCACUUCCGUCUGGAGUAUUCGGUCCUUUCAAGCCACUGCCCUAUUUCUGGCUUCUAGCGUGGAAUGCUUCAUUUUGAUCUGAUAUUUUUGAAGCCAAGUUUCAUUGCUCAAUUGCUUUUCUACAGAUUAGAUGAGAUGUGCCCUACCGACAGGACUGACGCGGCGGUCUCGGGAUUCCACCGCGAUGUCGAUGUCGUUAGGCGACGGAGCCGCUACAAACUCUAUUUCUCUCCGUAAACCGUUGUGAGACUAGACUUGGCGUAACAUGAUAUAAACGGUUCGGUCAAGAAGUGAUUCCGAGAUUUUUUCUGAUCAGCAACAAACACUUCAAUUCCACAUCUCUAAUCACCACUCUUCACAUCACUCAACUAUCUUCAGCUUCAUCAAUCUUCAACAUGAGGUUUCUUUGUCUCCCCGGUGCCUAUGGCAGCGCCGACAAGUUUCAGGUUCAGCUUGCUCCAAUCCUCAAGGAGCUGACCAAUGAUGGAACUGCCACCUUCUACUUUACUCAUGGCCCCUGUGAGGUUGUUCCUCCCGAGGGUUUCGAAGAGUUCUUUGGCGAGCCUCCCUACUACCGCUUCAUCGAGCCCGAUAAUGUCGACGCCCAGAUGCAGGACAAUGACGUUUUGUCCCGCAUCCGUGACUUUCCUCACGGAGAGACGGCCGAAGAUACCAUGCGCGAGUUGAUGCAGGUCGGCGUUGCCACCUCGCAUAAGUCGACCGCCCGUGCCAUGAAGUAUCUGAGCGACAUCAUCCAGCGCCGUGGUCCCUUUGAUGGCAUCAUUGGCUACUCGGAGGGUGCCACGGUCGCUUCCACCUUUUUGCUGCACGAACAGCGCCGUCAGCGCUUGAUGGGCGGCCCUCCGACUCUCAAGUACGGUAUCUUUUUCGCCGGCUGGCCUCCGGUCGACCCCAAGACCCACGGACUGGUGCUGGCUGAUGAGACCGAGGAGAGGGUCGAGACCAAGACGCUCCAUAUUGUCGGAUCACUUGAUCCCUAUCUCGAUGGCUCAAUGGCCCUCUACAACGUUUGUGACCCCGACGGAGCCUACCUCUUUGAUCAUGCCAAGGGUCACACCUUGCCCAGGGACCGCGAGACCAUCAAGGAGCUUGCCGAUGUUGUCAGGGAGGCAAUCGAAGAGCUGAGGGAGGAUGGUCUCCUGUAAAUCUUUCUUUUUAUGAUUCAUUUUGCAUGAUUAGCGUCUAGAACUAGAUUAUGGCGGAGGGGUAUGGAGUUUACGAGACCAGGCUUGUUUGUGGCGUGCGCCGCGCACACUUUCAUUUGUCAAGAUCUUUUUUUUACUUCUUCUUUCUCUCGGUACCUAGAUUAAGACCAGUAAGCUUUUGUAAAGCGU